AUGGACAUUCCAAAGAUCAGUGUCGGCCGGCGGGCGCCCCAUGGCCCUGGCGCUGAGCCCGCGCGCCCCCACUCGAGUGCCGGCCUGCUCGCCCCGCCCGUGACGCGCGCCGCCCCGCCCCCGCCCGCCCCCAGCCCCAGCCCCCGUCCCCACGCCGGCACUCGCAGCCACCGCCGCCACCAGCCGCCUCCGCGGGCAGACAGCGCGCCGCCCCCUCGCGGCCACCGCCUCCGCCACCUCCGUCACCACAGCCGCCCGGCAGCGGCCCCUGCAGCAGCCAUGCGAGCCCUGUGCAGCAGGCGGGCCCUCCUGGCGCUAUGGCAUUUCUACGAGAAAGAUUUUGUGAAUGCCGUUAAGCGACAAAAAUGGUACUCGUCUUCGACCUUGACAGUUCGUGUGACCUCGCGACGAAGUGGACGUUCUUCUGGUAGCAUCGAUCAGCGCCGGCCGGGCGCUAGAACAGCUCGCCUUCCAGUAGUCUCCCGCCUGGCGGCCGGUGGAUCGAUGGGCUCCGUGCCAAACGGUGAAAAGUUGAAAAGUGGAGCGAGCCGUUGGCGCGUUGGCCCCGAGCGCCAGCGUCCGCUGCGUGCCGGCGCACCCGGAAGCGCCGGCAGGGAAGGGGCGGGGAGGUUGGCAGCGCUGGCGCGCGCGGUGACGUAUGGGCCGCCGCCGCCGCCCCUGGACGGCGCGCCGCCGGCCGCAGUAAAUAUUAAUAAAAGCCGAUCGCAAAAUGCACCGGCCGCGCCGGGGGCAUGUAUCAUUGCAUCAGGAAAAUUUGCCUCCGACUAUAUCUUCCGCUGGAAAUCGACAUGUAGCGUGGUUCCGAGUACCUCGUUCUGGUUGCGUGUUCUUCUGCUGCGUCUUGGCACCAUGAAAGAAUUGGGUGCUGGUAAAGAAAUCUUGGCCAACCGUUUUUGCUUUAGCGCAUACACUGUGGGUUGA